AGGCGGACAAAGCAACAGCUGGUUGGGACGGACAGGCUUUCUUUUUUUUUUUUUUUUUUGCUUGUCAGUUGAAGGCAGCGCAAUCUGUGCUCGGUUUUGACAACGGCUGUGACCAUACUCCGUUCAAACAACCUUGUCGGCUGUGGACUUGAGCAAUCGCGACUGACCUUUCCUUCUGGAACGCGAUAUUGUUUGUCGGGAGGUGGAGUGUUUGGGACGGUACCCAGAAGUGUAAAUAGCAUAUCGGGGACCUGGAUAUUAUUACCGCAUCGGUUAAACGGACCAAACUUGCGCUAGUUUUGUCUAUUAACAGCGAAAGUAUCUCUAUCAGUCGUUGAAUCAAACUGAAAGGCCCACCAAACAAGGAGCGUGACCAUGUCGUCUUAUGUGGUGAAGAGGGGUUAUUGUUCAGUUCGAGAAGAUGGGUUCCGCUCGUUCAUGUGGUCCAAGCGGUGGCUGCUAUUGAGAGAACAGACGUUGACCUUCCAUCGGAAUGAGAACACAUACCAAGCAUUGGCCCUCAUAUUUCUUAAAGAAGUGGAAGCGGUCAAUCGGACAGAAUUAAAACCAUACUCGUUUGAGAUUGUGACAAAAGAAAAGACUUACUAUGUCUCAUGCAAGAGUGACGAGGAACUUUACUCGUGGAUGGAUGAAAUCUAUCAGCGAUCUCCGUUAAUGGGUAUCUCAAAUCCUACCAACUUUGUACAUAAGGUUCAUGUCGGUUUUGAUUCGGAUAGCGGGCUAUUUACCGGUUUGCCAAGGGAAUGGAAGUCGCUCCUAGAAUCCUCGAAUAUCUCAAAGGAAGAAAUGACCAAAAACCCGCAGGCGGUUUUGGAUGUUCUUGAAUUCUACACUGAGAAUAUGGGUCGAGGGCGGGACGCGCCAAGGUCACCACCACAACCUAGACGAGCUGAGGAGCCACCACGCUCUCGUCUCGAUCCUGGUAGUGGUUAUUCCUCACAGCAGAACGGUGGUUAUGGAUCACCAGCACCUCCAGCAAAGGCCACUUCUCCGUACAUGACGCCUUCGUCAUCACCUAACCUUUCACAACGUGUUGUGCCACCCCCGCCAUCAAGACCCGCAAUUGUCCCCCGACCACCUGAGACAUUGGAUCGCACCCGAGAUCGACAGCAAUAUGCCCCACCGCCUAGCCAGCCAGCGUACCCCAAUGGGAGCGCUUACACAAAUGGGGGCUCUUCGCGACUACCGCCCCCGCAACCAUCGCGGCCACAGGAUGUGCCGGCGCGUCCUCCGGCUCCAGUUAAAGAACCAUCUGCUCCAACUGCAGCUCCGACAAAGAGCCCAAAAGGCCGAGACACACGAUUGUCGACAAUGUCGGAAGCACAGAUUAUGGAGAAAUUGCGAGCAGUGGUUUCCAAAGGAGAUCCGACCAUUCUUUAUGCCAAAGUCAAGAAAGUCGGUCAAGGAGCAUCUGGUUCUGUAUUUGUCGCACGUAACACGGGCAACAACACAGUGGUAGCCAUCAAACAGAUGGACCUGGCUAACCAACCUCGUAAGGAGCUCAUCGUAAACGAGAUCCUGGUAAUGAAGGAGAGCCAGCAUCCAAACAUUGUAAACUACCUCGACAGUUUCUUGGUGAAGAGCGAGUUGUGGGUGGUCAUGGAGUACAUGGAGGGAGGGCCAUUAACCGACAUUAUUGACAACAACACAAUGAACGAGCCGCAAAUCGCCGCAAUCUGCUGUGAAACCAUAAAGGGUCUACACCACCUGCACAAUCGUAGCAUUAUCCACCGAGACAUUAAGAGUGAUAACGUGCUUUUGGACUCUGAAGGACACGUGAAAAUUACAGAUUUUGGUUUCUGUGCCAAACUGACUGCGGAUCGGGGCAAACGUGCUACAAUGGUCGGUACUCCUUACUGGAUGGCUCCGGAAGUCGUCAAGCAAAAAGAAUACGGUGCAAAAGUUGAUAUCUGGUCCUUGGGAAUCAUGGCUAUUGAAAUGAUUGAAGGCGAACCGCCAUAUUUGGAAGAAGAGCCACUUAAAGCGCUUUACCUCAUUGCAACGAACGGUACUCCUACGUUGAAAAGCCCCGAAAAGUUGAGCGGCGUGUUUAAGAACUUUUUGGGACGGUGUCUGGAAGUGGAUGUUGCUAAGCGGGCCACAGCAGAUGAGUUGCUACAGCAUCCCUUCUUGAGAAUCGCAGCGCCGUCGAGUGCAUUGACUCCAUUAGUCAAGCGAACAACCAAAAAGUAGGUUGUUUUCGUUGGGUGGCUUUGGUUACGUUAGCGAAGGAUAUGGUGAAGUUUAUGGCCGAUAGAAAAUCUUCCUUUGUGGUGGUCCGCAAUAUCGGCGGUCGCGAGGAUGAUGAUAUCUCUUCUUGUGUUAGCAUUAGAUUGAGGACGAUAUGUUGUCUACUUGUAACCUGAUUUUUUUUUAUGGCUGCAAUACGUAAAAAUAUGUGCCUUUUUUUUUGUUCUGCAUCGC